AGGUGCCAAGCAAGGGGAUUAUUGCGAAGCCACAGAUAAGGAGGACCACCAAACUGUCUUGCUUUCUGGAGGUAGAGGUCCGAUUAACGUCAAUCGCUCAGUUCGUGUGGGUCCCUUUGACCGUCUGGGAAUUUCGUGCGUGAGGACAUCUGUAGCAUUCGUUCGUGAGUCAUUUGGACACUGGUGAGGAUCUCUGUGGCUUUCGUUCGUGGGACACUUAGGAUUCAGACACGUUAAGGAAGGAGACAGAAAUUCAGGCAGAAGAUGGAGAGUUCGACUAUGGAAACAAUGUUCUUCCUCUGCUUCUUCUUCUAUUCGGUGCUGGUAGGAGAGACGACAGCGCAGUUCGCAGGCAAAGAUGACUACGGCAUCGAGGCGUUCAGACAACUGAGAGAGAAUAACCCUGAAAUGUUCUGCAAAUACAUCACCUGCACUGAGAACGAGAAGCCUGAGGGAUGCCCGCAGGGCACAUCCUUCAUGCCCGGCGUUGCCCAGUUUGGGUGCUGCGGGGCGUGCGUCAGAUUCAAGCAGAGAGAAGACGACAGCUGCACCGGUAGCAUCGAUCCGAACUACGGCGGGGGCUACAACCGGAUCGGAGACAGCCGGAAGAAGUCCCUGAGAGAAAGCAUCGUCUCUUACGGAUCCGGAUCUAUAUCCGACCUCCUGCCUCCCAACGACAACACUCUCUCGUCCUCGUGGUGCGACUAUUUCCUCAAAUGUGACAAACCUCGGGAGGGCAGCAAGAUACUCGCUUGUUUGGACGGUGACUCCGGGGACAAGGGCUGCAAGUACUUCCAGCGUCAGUACGACAGAUUCCUGUCAGACCCUGAACCUGACCCCGUGACCCACUACACCAGCGACAAGUUCAUUUCCUUCAGGGACGACUAUAUGUGGAGGCCCAACUGUACCCAGGGCAACGAGUUCGAGGCCAAGCAGUGCAAAGGACCUACCGACGAAGAGAGGUGCAUUUGUGUGGAUCCUUCUGGGAACCGGAUCUACGGGUCAGCCUUCUCCUUCCAGAAAGAACUCUAUGAGACCAUGAACUGCGCCUGUUCCAGAAAGGUCUGGGAGAUGAAGCAAGCAGGGGUAACUUCGGUGACUCUCCACUGCGCAGAAAACGGGAACUACGAGCCCCUUCAGUGCGUGGACGGCUGGUGUUAUUGCGUGGAUCCCAUAACGACCGAGACCUACGGCCCGAAUCUGCCUGAGGAGGCCAUGAAUCUCCUUCCCUGCUACGACGAGGCGAAAAUUGGAGGUCAAUAUCUCAGGCGAUGUGAGAGCGAGUUUCACGGAUUCGCAACCCUCGCAGACCUGCUGAAAUCGAAGGGGGUUCAGCCCCCUUCUACCAACCUUAACUGCGACCCAGAUGGAUCCUAUGGCCCCAUACAGUUUGAUGGCAAAAUGUAUCGUUGCUAUGACAAGUACAAGGAGUCAAUCUGGAACCCGGCUGGGGAUGGCUGCCAAUGUGUCAGGGACGUCGAGACCUUCAAGGAAUACGGACUGACGAUCGAUGUGGACUGCCAAGUCAAUUCGGGCAUGUACGCCCAAAUUCAACAUAGGGGCGGGACGGUUUACUGCGCUGACGAAGAUGGGGUUCGUACAGGACCCAGGGUUUACGACAAAUACGAGGGCUACCUUGAAUGCGCAUCGUCACUCAGAUGCCAAGCAGGUAUCCUCACCAACUGCCCAAAUUCCUGCAACAACUGCCCGCCCGAAGCCUACACAAAGUACCAGUAAGGAAGGAGAGACUGAUCAAGGAGGCUGGGAUAUAUAUUCAGUGGGAUCCGUCUUCAAAGUUUUUGCGUCAAUAAUGAUUUGGUUAGCUUUGGCUAAGUGAGGUAGGGUUAGGUUGGGUCAGGUUAGAUAUGGAAUAGUUGGUUUCCCUUUUGGGAGGUUGGUUCAUAAGAUAAUCAUGGCUAAGCAAGUUACUAUGAGAUUCAGGGCCUCUGUAACACGGUUUUUUCGCAAUAACUUUUUAUCUAUGCAUUUCAUAAAUAUAACGCUUAUUCAGAAUACAUUUAUAUCAACA